AUGCCCAAAUGCGACCUCAAAACGAGAUACAUCCCCGCGACUUUCGCCUGGACGUUACUCUUGGGCACAACAUCACUGUUUUUUUAUUUUCCGUGUCAAUAUUAUCUUCACAAACACCCAUGGGUUCCAGCAUACCAGGGCGUCAUAACGUUUUUUGUCCUGGCCAAUUUUACCCUAGCCACUUUCAUGGACCCGGGAGUCAUACCAAAAGCUCCACCUGACGAGGACAGAGAGGACGAUUUCAGAGCCCCCCUGUAUCGCAGCGUGGAGAUAAAUGGUAUCACGGUGCGAAUGAAAUGGUGCGUCACGUGCAAGUUCUACAGACCGCCGCGGUGUUCGCACUGUUCUGUUUGCAAUCAUUGUAUAGAAACGUUUGAUCAUCAUUGUCCGUGGGUGAACAACUGUAUCGGUCGGCGGAACUACAGAUUUUUCUUCUUUUUUCUAAUAUCACUGUCGAUACAUAUGCUGAGUAUAUUCGGCCUCAGUUUGUACUAUAUUAUGAAUAAUAACAAAACAUUGACGCAGGUCGAGCCCAUUGUAUCAAUAGUGAUAAUGGGUAUUAUCGCACUCCUAGCGAUACCAAUAUUCGGUCUGACCGGGUUCCACAUGGUGCUAGUGUCGCGGGGCCGCACCACGAACGAACAGGUGACCGGCAAGUUCACCGGGGGUUACAACCCAUUCUCGAAGGGAUGCUGGCACAACUGCUGUUAUACGCAGUUUGGACCUCAGUACCCUAGUUUAGUCCGACCAUCGAAGUACAUCUACAAGAGCAGCAAAAAGCGGCGGGAAGCGAUGCCCGGAGGAGGACAUUCCGCUUCGGCAAUAUCAACGAUAGCAACAGAUACGCAACACCAGGUAAAGACGUACACGGCAGACAACGGGAACGCGCACCGCCCGGCCGGACCCCACGCACACUAUAACAAGCUGUCUCCCGGUCGCGAGGAGGGCGAAGGAGAGCUGGAUGGGCCCAGCGCGUCGCAGUCGGCGGACUGCGAGCCUACUCCGCCACCCAUGCAGCGACGCGGCUCGUCUGCAAACCUGUUCCCACCGGAGCAUCACCAUCUACCGCCAAGGCCACAUCAUUAUCCAAGACUCAGUCCACUUUCAAGAAAUACAAGCCACGGUGGCAACACGACAACGGGCUACCGGGUGGUAAUGGACCAGGUACGGUACGAGACCGGGUCAAACGGUGGGGCUCGGCCCUCGCCCACUAUGCAGCAGAGAAUCAAGGCGCUCGGUGUUCCAACGCCUUUAGCUGUUAGCAGCCCAGUCAGAAGGUCCAAUCCGGGCACGCCGACGCAGCCGCGGCGGCCGGACUUCAUCGGCGUGGGCGGGCGCAGCUCGCCGCAGCGCCGCUUCCUGUCCGAGGGCGAGCUGCUGCGGCCCGACCCGCCUGCGCCGCACCGCCCCACCGCCGACGACAUCCGCGAGCUGGCCGCGUCGCCGCAGCGCGGCAACUACCUGUGGGCCGAGCGGCCGGCGCACGCGCCGCACCACGCGGGUGCGCACGCGCCGCACGUGCCGCGCGGGGGCGUGGCGGUGUUCCCGCCGGGCGCGGUGGGCGCGGCGUCCCCGCUGGCGCGGCGGCGGGCGGGCGCGGCGCCGGCGCGGCCGCUGUCGUUCGUGCGCGCGCUCGAGGUGCAGGACGCGCUGGAGACGCGCGCGCCGCCGCCCGACCCGCCCGACCGCGCCUCCGUCUACGACUGUAACUACGAGAUCUCCGUCUGA